CCCCGAAGAGAUCAACGUCCGCCAGUGGGUGACCAUCGCCAAGAUGAAGUCGCUGCAGGCGACGCGCCCGGUACAGGAAGGCGCGGCCAAUGCCGCCGGCCGCUUCCGCCACAUGGCGCAGGCGGUGCGGCUGCUGGCCAGCAUGCAGCUCCCGUCGGAGACGCUGAAGAAGAUCCUGGCGCCGGCCGAACGGCGCACCGCCGACGUUCUCUUCUAUACGGGCUGCAACGUGCUGCGCACGCCGCACAUCGUGCUGAACGUCAUGGACAUCCUCGACGCGCUCGAACUCGACUUCGACGUGGUCGGCGGCACUGCCCAUUGCUGCGGCGUCUACCAGUUCCAGGAAGCCGACUUGGCCACCUACGAGCGGAUGGGCCAUCGCACCUUCCAGCGCUUCGGCCAGUCGGGCGCCUCGAAGGUGCUGACCUGGUGCCCGACCUGCACCAAGAACUUCGACGAGCUGGAAAAGGACGUCGAGGAACCCUCGUUCGAUCUCGGCCAUGUGAGCGAAUUCCUCGCGGCCAACCUCGACGCGCUGAAGGCGCGCUUCAAGGCCGACCAGCCCAGGCGCCGCGUCGUGAUCCACGAGCAUCAGGGCAUCGGCGCCACGGUGGAGAGCGAUUCCGGCUUCUCCUAUGCCUGCGGCGGCCAGGCCGCGAAGUUCAAGGACCGCGAGCAGGCGAUCCAUCGCGACCUGGUCAUGGGCGCGGUCGACGCCGGCGCCGACACGAUCGUCACCAUGUACCAUUCCUGCCAUCGCGCCCUCUCCGGCGCCGAGGCGAUCUACCCGUCGCUGCGGGUCGUGAAUUUCACCGACGUGCUGGCCGAGGCGCUGGGCCGCGGUGGCCAUCCCGACUACUACCAGCUCUACAAGCGCGGCGGCGCGAUGGACGAGGCCGUGACGGCCGCGCGCGGCUUCCUCGAGAACAACGGCGUGCGCAUCGACGAGAACGCCGUGAAGUCGCUCACCGCCGACAUCUUCAACGAGACCGGCCUCGGCGGCCCGCGCGAGGCCUUCGUCGAAGCUUUCACGACGCUCGCCCGAACCGGAGUGACCGACGUCUGGCUAUUCUCCUAUGGCACGCUGCAGCAGGAGGACGUGCAGCUCGCGACCUUCGGUCGGCGGCUCGACGGCCGUCCCGAUGCCCUGCCGGGCUACACUACGUCGCUGCUUGAGAUCCGCGACCCCGAGGUCGUAAAGACCAGCGGCAAGACGCAUCAUCUGAUCGCGCUGCCUUCCGGACGUACCGAAGACGAGGUGCCGGGCGUGGCCCUGACGAUCACGGCCGCUGAACUCGCCGCCGCUGACACGUAUGAAGUCUCGGACUACAAGCGGAUCGCCGUGCGCCUGAAGUCCGGCCUCGAGGCCUUCGUUUACGUCGGCGCCUGA